UUGCCACUGAUCCUAGUUUUUCCCAGUCUGUUUCUGAAUUCACUGACCUCCCCAGCGUCCAGGAGCAGUUUUUCUCCACACUCAUAACUGUACAAGUUGAGGCUACACCCAUAACCCCAACAGUCAUAGUGGACCAAAGCAUUGCCAGAAAGGAUGUAGUAUUCCUGCUGGAUGGUUCUGAUGGCACUAAGAAUGGCUUCCCAGCAAUGCGUGACUUUGUUCAAAGAGUGGUAGAGAAACUCACUGUGGAGGAAAACAGAGAUCGAGUCUCUGUGGUCCAGUAUAGCAGAGAAUCAGAGGCCCACUUCUAUCUGAACACUUAUACAACAAAGGAAGACGUUGUGGAGACCGUAAGAGGCCUGAGGCACAAAGGAGGUAGACCCCUCAACACUGGGGCAGCUCUCCAGUAUGUCAGGGACAAUGUCUUUAUUGCCUCCUCCGGAAGUAGGCGCCUUGAAGGUGUUCCACAGAUUCUGAUACUGUUGAAUGGUGGAAGGUCCUUUGACAAUGUAGAUACACCAGCGUCUGCUCUCAAGGAGCUUGGUGUCUUGGUGUUUGGAAUUGGAACAAGGAGCUCUGAUAGCAAAGAAUUACAAAAGAUAUCCUAUGACCCCAGCUAUGCUCUUUCCGUGUCUGAAUUUACUGACCUCCCCAAUGUCCAACAGCAGCUUCUUUCUGCUAUAAGCACUGUCAUUGUACAGGUGACAACCAUGACACCAACAGUAAUACCAACAAUACUAGUUGAGAGUCAGGCUCCCAGGAGGGAUGUCGUGUUCUUGCUGGAUGGAUCUGAUGGCACUAGGAGUGGAUUCCCAGCAAUGCGGGACUUUGUUCAAAGAGUGGUGGAGACACUCGGUGUGGAUGAGAACAAAGAUCGCGUUGCUGUGGUCCAGUACAGUAGAGAUCCAGCUGCCCAAUUCUAUCUGAACACCUACACAACAAAAGGAGAGAUUCUCAACACUGUAAGAGGUCUGAGACACAAAGGUGGGAGACCUCUCAACACUGGAGCAGCUCUCCAGUACGUGAGAGACAAUGUCUUUACUGCCUCCUCCGGAAGUCGACGCUUUGAAGGUGUUCCACAGUUACUGAUUCUGCUGAGUGGUGGAAGGUCCUUUGACAAUGUUGACACUCCAGCUUCUGCUCUGAAGGAGCUUGGGGUCUUGAUCUUUGGAAUUGGAACAAGGAGUUCUGAUAGCAGAGAAUUGCAGAGGAUAUCACAUGAUCCCAGUUACGCUCUGUCUGUCUCUGACUUCACUGACCUUCCAAACAUCCAGCAGCAACUUCUGUCCUCGGUGGAGGCAGUUGUUAUUGACGUUACUCCAGAAUCGCCAACAGUUUUAGUUGAUCAUGACACCUCCAGAAAGGAUGUGGUAUUCCUUGUGGAUGGUUCUGAUGGCGCAAGGAAUGGAUUCCCAGCAAUGCGUGAUUUUGUUCAGAGAGUAGUGGGGAAACUCAAUGUGGGAGGAGACAAAGACCGCGUUUCUGUUGUCCAGUACGGUAGAGAUCAAGAAGUUCAUUUCUAUCUGAACACAUACACCACCAAGGAGGACAUUCUUGACACUGUCAGAAGUCUGAGGCACAGAGGAGGUAGACCCCUUAACACUGGGGCAGCCCUCCAAUACGUAAGGGACAACGUCUUUACUGCCUCCUCAGGAAGCAGAAGCCAAGAGGGCGUCCCUCAGAUGCUGAUACUUCUGAGUGGGGGAAGGUCCAGUGAUAAUGUUGACAUACCAGCUUCUGCCCUGAAAAAGAGUGGGGUCUUGAUCUUUGGCAUUGGAACCAGAAAUUCCAGCAGAGAGGUCGAAAGGAUUGCCACUGAUCCUAGUUUUUCCCAGUCUGUUUCUGAAUUCACUGACCUCCCCAGCGUCCAGGAGCAGUUUUUCUCCACACUCAUAACUGUACAAGUUGAGGCUACACCCAUAACCCCAACAGUCAUAGUGGACCAAAGCAUUGCCAGAAAGGAUGUAGUAUUCCUGCUGGAUGGUUCUGAUGGCACUAAGAAUGGCUUCCCAGCAAUGCGUGACUUUGUUCAAAGAGUGGUAGAGAAACUCACUGUGGAGGAAAACAGAGAUCGAGUCUCUGUGGUCCAGUAUAGCAGAGAAUCAGAGGCCCACUUCUAUCUGAACACUUAUACAACAAAGGAAGACGUUGUGGAGACCGUAAGAGGCCUGAGGCACAAAGGAGGUAGACCCCUCAACACUGGGGCAGCUCUCCAGUAUGUCAGGGACAAUGUCUUUAUUGCCUCCUCCGGAAGUAGGCGCCUUGAAGGUGUUCCACAGAUUCUGAUACUGUUGAAUGGUGGAAGGUCCUUUGACAAUGUAGAUACACCAGCGUCUGCUCUCAAGGAGCUUGGUGUCUUGGUGUUUGGAAUUGGAACAAGGAGCUCUGAUAGCAAAGAAUUACAAAAGAUAUCCUAUGACCCCAGCUAUGCUCUUUCCGUGUCUGAAUUUACUGACCUCCCCAAUGUCCAACAGCAGCUUCUUUCUGCUAUAAGCACUGUCAUUGUACAGGUGACAACCAUGACACCAACAGUAAUACCAACAAUACUAGUUGAGAGUCAGGCUCCCAGGAGGGAUGUCGUGUUCUUGCUGGAUGGAUCUGAUGGCACUAGGAGUGGAUUCCCAGCAAUGCGGGACUUUGUUCAAAGAGUGGUGGAGACACUCGGUGUGGAUGAGAACAAAGAUCGCGUUGCUGUGGUCCAGUACAGUAGAGAUCCAGCUGCCCAAUUCUAUCUGAACACCUACACAACAAAAGGAGAGAUUCUCAACACUGUAAGAGGUCUGAGACACAAAGGUGGGAGACCUCUCAACACUGGAGCAGCUCUCCAGUACGUGAGAGACAAUGUCUUUACUGCCUCCUCCGGAAGUCGACGCUUUGAAGGUGUUCCACAGUUACUGAUUCUGCUGAGUGGUGGAAGGUCCUUUGACAAUGUUGACACUCCAGCUUCUGCUCUGAAGGAGCUUGGGGUCUUGAUCUUUGGAAUUGGAACAAGGAGUUCUGAUAGCAGAGAAUUGCAGAGGAUAUCACAUGAUCCCAGUUACGCUCUGUCUGUCUCUGACUUCACUGACCUUCCAAACAUCCAGCAGCAACUUCUGUCCUCGGUGGAGGCAGUUGUUAUUGACGUUACUCCAGAAUCGCCAACAGUUUUAGUUGAUCAUGACACCUCCAGAAAGGAUGUGGUAUUCCUUGUGGAUGGUUCUGAUGGCGCAAGGAAUGGAUUCCCAGCAAUGCGUGAUUUUGUUCAGAGAGUAGUGGGGAAACUCAAUGUGGGAGGAGACAAAGACCGCGUUUCUGUUGUCCAGUACGGUAGAGAUCAAGAAGUUCAUUUCUAUCUGAACACAUACACCACCAAGGAGGACAUUCUUGACACUGUCAGAAGUCUGAGGCACAGAGGAGGUAGACCCCUUAACACUGGGGCAGCCCUCCAAUACGUAAGGGACAACGUCUUUACUGCCUCCUCAGGAAGCAGAAGCCAAGAGGGCGUCCCUCAGAUGCUGAUACUUCUGAGUGGGGGAAGGUCCAGUGAUAAUGUUGACAUACCAGCUUCUGCCCUGAAAAAGAGUGGGGUCUUGAUCUUUGGCAUUGGAACCAGAAAUUCCAGCAGAGAGGUCGAAAGGAUUGCCACUGAUCCUAGUUUUUCCCAGUCUGUUUCUGAAUUCACUGACCUCCCCAGCGUCCAGGAGCAGUUUUUCUCCACACUCAUAACUGUACAAGUUGAGGCUACACCCAUAACCCCAACAGUCAUAGUGGACCAAAGCAUUGCCAGAAAGGAUGUAGUAUUCCUGCUGGAUGGUUCUGAUGGCACUAAGAAUGGCUUCCCAGCAAUGCGUGACUUUGUUCAAAGAGUGGUAGAGAAACUCACUGUGGAGGAAAACAGAGAUCGAGUCUCUGUGGUCCAGUAUAGCAGAGAAUCAGAGGCCCACUUCUAUCUGAACACUUAUACAACAAAGGAAGACGUUGUGGAGACCGUAAGAGGCCUGAGGCACAAAGGAGGGAGACCCCUCAACACUGGGGCAGCUCUCCAGUAUGUCAGGGACAAUGUCUUUAUUGCCUCCUCCGGAAGUAGGCGCCUUGAAGGUGUUCCACAGAUUCUGAUACUGUUGAAUGGUGGAAGGUCCUUUGACAAUGUAGAUACACCAGCGUCUGCUCUCAAGGAGCUUGGUGUCUUGGUGUUUGGAAUUGGAACAAGGAGCUCUGAUAGCAGAGAAUUACAAAAGAUAUCCUAUGACCCCAGCUAUGCUCUUUCCGUGUCUGAAUUUACUGACCUCCCCAAUGUCCAACAGCAGCUUCUUUCUGCUAUAAGCACUGUCAUUGUACAGGUGACAACCAUGACACCAACAGUAAUACCAACAAUACUAGUUGAGAGUCAGGCUCCCAGGAGGGAUGUCGUGUUCUUGCUGGAUGGAUCUGAUGGCACUAGGAGUGGAUUCCCAGCAAUGCGGGACUUUGUUCAAAGAGUGGUGGAGACACUCGGUGUGGAUGAGAACAAAGAUCGCGUUGCUGUGGUCCAGUACAGUAGAGAUCCAGCUGCCCAAUUCUAUCUGAACACCUACACAACAAAAGGAGAGAUUCUCAACACUGUAAGAGGUCUGAGACACAAAGGUGGGAGACCUCUCAACACUGGAGCAGCUCUCCAGUACGUGAGAGACAAUGUCUUUACUGCCUCCUCCGGAAGUCGACGCUUUGAAGGUGUUCCACAGUUACUGAUUCUGCUGAGUGGUGGAAGGUCCUUUGACAAUGUUGACACUCCAGCUUCUGCUCUGAAGGAGCUUGGGGUCUUGAUCUUUGGAAUUGGAACAAGGAGUUCUGAUAGCAGAGAAUUGCAGAGGAUAUCACAUGAUCCCAGUUACGCUCUGUCUGUCUCUGACUUCACUGACCUUCCAAACAUCCAGCAGCAACUUCUGUCCUCGGUGGAGGCAGUUGUUAUUGACGUUACUCCAGAAUCGCCAACAGUUUUAGUUGAUCAUGACACCUCCAGAAAGGAUGUGGUAUUCCUUGUGGAUGGUUCUGAUGGCGCAAGGAAUGGAUUCCCAGCAAUGCGUGAUUUUGUUCAGAGAGUAGUGGGGAAACUCAAUGUGGGAGGAGACAAAGACCGCGUUUCUGUUGUCCAGUACGGUAGAGAUCAAGAAGUUCAUUUCUAUCUGAACACAUACACCACCAAGGAGGACAUUCUUGACACUGUCAGAAGUCUGAGGCACAGAGGAGGUAGACCCCUUAACACUGGGGCAGCCCUCCAAUACGUAAGGGACAACGUCUUUACUGCCUCCUCAGGAAGCAGAAGCCAAGAGGGCGUCCCUCAGAUGCUGAUACUUCUGAGUGGGGGGAAGGUCCAGUGA